CAAACAUAUACACCAAAUCAACUCAUCGUCAAACAAGCCAAGCCUACUUUGUAGUAAUACUCAUACACAACAGGAGAGAGCAGCGAAACGUAAGAAAAGAAAUGGCAAAUUUUCCAGUGAUCAGCUUGGCGGAGAUGAAUGGAGAUGGAAGGGGCGCAAUGAUGGAGCAAAUCAAAGACGCAUGCGAAAACUGGGGCUUCUUCGAGGUGGUGGAGCAUGGAAUCGAGCCGGAGUUCAUGGACAAAGUGGAGAGGCUGACGAAGGCGCACUACCGCAAAUGUAUGGAGCAGCGCUUCAACGAAAUGGUCGCCAGCAAAGGCCUCGAGACUGUCCAGUCCGAGAUCGACGAUCUCGACUGGGAGAGCACCUUCUUCCUCCGCCACCUCCCCGUCUCCAACAUCUCCGAAAUCCCCGACCUCGAUCACGAAUACAAGGAUGUGAUGAGAGAAUUCGCUGCCAAGAUGGAAAACCUGGCGGAGAAGCUUCUAGAUAUGCUGUGCGAGAAUCUGGGCCUGGAAAAGGGCUACCUGAAGAAGGCCUUCCACGGCUCCAAUGGGCCGACUUUCGGCACCAAGGUGAGCAACUACCCGCCCUGCCCGAAGCCGGACCUGAUCAAGGGGCUCCGGGCCCACACGGACGCAGGCGGCAUCAUCCUCCUCUUCCAGGACGACAAGGUGAGCGGCCUCCAGCUGCUCAAGGACGGGGAGUGGGUGGACGUGCCGCCGAUGCGCCACUCCAUCGUCAUCAACCUCGGGGACCAGCUCGAGGUCAUCACCAACGGGAAGUACAAGAGCGUCAUGCACAGGGUCAUAGCGCAGACGGACGGCACGCGGAUGUCGCUCGCCUCCUUCUACAACCCCGGGAGCGACGCCGUCAUCUAUCCUGCGCCGGCGCUUGUUGACAAGGCGGACAAGCUCUACCCCAAAUUCGUGUUCGAGGAAUACAUGAAGCUCUAUGCCGGCCUCAAGUUCCAGGCUAAGGUGCCCCGGUUCGAGGCGUUCAAGAGCCUCGAAGCUGCUUCAACUGUCGGCUCUGCUUGAUCGCUGCUGCAUUUCUUAUUGUCUUACUAUUAUUAUUAUUAUUAUUAUUAUUAUUAUUAUUAUGUUACUACGGCUGUGUAGUGUUUAGAUCAUGUUGUAUCAGUAUGUGUGCCUGCUAGAUUAGUGUGUGGAAUGGGAUGAUUCAGCUUUGAAGAGGUCUGAUUGUGACCAGCUUCUUCAUCAAAUACUAAGUACUAUUAAUUAUUGUUUCUAUGAAUUCUUGUGUUAAGUGGA